GCGGAAACCAUAUGUGUGUGCCCUGCCAUCGAUAAUUUUCUACAUCCCUAUUUUGAACCGCAGAAUUCUAGAAAAUUCCAAUCGCUGGCCAGCGUGAAUUGCCGAAAUCAGCUAAAGCUAGCACUGCCGGAUCAGGAUAGCACCCUAAUCCCUAAGCUUUUUAUACAAACUCAGUGAGAUAACACCCGUUAAGAUUAAGCGAUGGCCAAGUGGGGAGAAGGAGAUCCGCGCUGGAUUGUGGAGGAGCGUCCCGACGCCACCAACGUGAACAACUGGCACUGGACGGAGAAGAACGCCACGCCCUGGUCCAAGGACCGCCUGCACCAGCUCUUCCAAGACUUCAAGAUAGGCCAAAGCGACAUCGAGUGCGCCGUGGAUUCCGUGGACAAGUGUUCCGGCGAGGCCACCGUCAACAAUCGCAAGGGCAAGCUCAUCUUCUUCUACGACUGGGAACUGGUGCUCAAGUGGUCCGGGAAGCUGCUCAAGAACAGCAAACUCAGCCACAAGGGCAAGCUGACCAUUCCCAAUCUGUCCGAGGAGAACGACCUGGCGGAUGUGGAGAUCACGGUGACCAUCGAUGAGUCCAACGACGAGUCGGAGACCCUCAAGCAGUUCAUGUACAAUGUGGGCCGCGACCGCGUGCGCCAGCAGCUGGGCGCCUACAUCCGCGAGCUGAAAGAGGAGUACUCCAAGAACCUGAUCCUACCAAAGAAGGGCGACGAAGGGGCGGGCAAUCCGGUGGCGAACACCAAGGAUGCCAACAACGUCCGCAAUGCCGCCCAGAAGGCAGCCUCCAACACCUCGGUGGCGGCGCCCAAGGCCAAUAACUCCAGCGUCGGCUGCAAGCUGGACGUGCGCACCCUCGCGUUGACCGAGGAGUUCCACUGCAGCGCCAACGAUCUGUACAAUGCCCUCACCAAACCGGAGAUGGUCACUGCCUUCACGCGGGCCCCCGCCAAGGUCGAUGCUGUGCGCGGUGGAGAGUUCAUUCUUUACGGCGGCAAUGUACUGGGAAAGUUCGAGGAGCUUGUGCCUGAAAAGAAGAUCCAGCAGAGCUGGCGUCUGAAAAACUGGUCAUCUGGUCACUUCUCAAAUGUUGUGAUAGAGCUGGAGGAAACUUCGUCCAGCACAAUGAUGUCGCUCAAGCAGACCGGGAUUCCCGCCUCCGAAUACGAUGCGAUGAAGACAAACUGGUACCGGUACUACUGGCAUAGCAUCAAGCAGACCUUCGGAUUCGGUACCUCGAUAUCCGACGCCUUAUAAGAGGACGCUUCUGGUGCGGAAAGCACUGGAUUGAAUGGGGAUUUGGUGGCCGGCGGAUCAUUAAACGAUUUCCAUCUGUAUUCUACCAAUUGUGCUGCGAGAAUUUCAUUUCCACCUUAGCUGUAAUUUCUGUUAAUCUUUGAAGGCUCUUUCAAAACCUCUUCUGUAGAGUUCGACAACGAUCGAACUGAACAGUAAACGGCUCGUUUGCCACAGCUACAUUAAAACCACAUUAAAUACACGAAACAUACAA